AUGCUGGAGAUUGGGUGCGAUGUACGUUUUGCUCCAGUAAACAGUUUACCCAUUGUAGCGUUGGCUAGUCGACCUGGUUGUGGCAACACGUGGAUGAGACAUUUACUUGAAUUGGCCACUGGAAUAUACACUGGGAGUGUUUAUAAUAGUCCGAUUUUGUUCCACAACGGUUUUCUUGGCGAAAAAGAAAACAUGACAAACGGCAGAACUGUUGUUGUCAAGACACACAAGUAUGACAAAACGCAUAUAAAUUUGUUUGAGAAAGCCGUAGUAUUGUUUAGAAACCCCUACAGUUCCUUCCUAGCAGAGUUCAACCGAGAAAAGGCGAACAAAACGAGCAGCGCACCAAUGGAAUCAUUUAUUGGAGAAGGUUGGUUACAAUACGUCGACGUACAGAUCCUGGGAUACAAACAAUUUGCGAACAAUUGGUUAGAAAGUAAUAUGCCAAUACUGGUAAUUCACUAUGAGGAUAUAAAAGACAAUUUACUCAGUGAAAUCGACAGAAUUACUAAAUUUUUAAACAUUAGUUCAAAAUAUCCGAGAACUGAUUGCAUUCUAGCAGAUAUUAAUGGUAAAUUCAAACGACCUAAAGAGGACAAGUUACAUUUAAAGGUUUUAAUUCAAGAUAACUCUAUGUUUGGAUUAUUACAAAUGGAUAUUGCUAACAGUUCAAUUACUGGGACAAAUACAUAUGGAGGUAGUGGGUUUGCGCUGUGGUAA